AGAUUUCCAAUUUUAAGCAUCAUGUUGAGUUUUAUAGCAAGAUCAUUGGAGCAAGGUAUUACAACUCGUAUUACAACUCAUUGACACCCACGAUGAAUCUGCAAGGGACACACUCACACUGCCUCCACAGCAGCUGGAAACAACAUUCCAAAUGCUAGCUUUAUGUAUUGCAAAUGGAACUGCAAGAGGUGCACUACCCUCUGCCAGGAUUGCUGCCUACAAAAACUGUCAUCCAGACACUGGCUGCCAAGAUUCUGACAUACUCUCUGCCUCUGACGACGCCAUCUGCUGAUGGCAUCGACGUCAUUUCCAUCUCGCUCGGACAAGAAAAUGCGCUCGAUAUCACCAUAGACUCCCUAUCAAUUGGUUCUUUGCAUGCCAUGGAGAGAGGUGUACUGACAGUGCAUUCUGCAGGAAACACUGGUUUGUCCACUGUUAGAGCGCCGGUGACUAGCGUUGCGCCAUGGCUGCUUAGCGUGGCAGCGAGCAUUAUUGAUUGCCGAAUCAUCAAUAGAGUUGUUUUGGGGGGAUGGAAAGACAGUGCUACUUGUAUGUAUCUUCAACAUGUGAAAUUUUUCUUCAUUUCUCACUGUGAAAUUUCUCAACUUUACAAUGUUGGAUUUGUGUCGAACAGGGUAAUGCGGUUAAUGGGUUCCAUUUGAAUGGAUAGGAAUUCUCUCUGGUACAAGGCAUGGAAGUAACAGGUACUUGUGAUGAAUACAAUCCUGGGUAUAAAAUCUGUUCUCCAACUUUCUUUUAGCCUCAAUUUUCUUGGAGAGUAGUUCUACAUGACUAUAAAAGAGUUUUGCUACUUGGGCACAAAAUCAGAAUAGGGAAAUGAGCCCUGCUGGGGACCCCCGGUGGGGGGUGACCCCAGCACUCCCACCUCCACGUGGGGGCUAUGACUUGUAGACAGAAAAAAAUAAAUAAAUAAAUAAAUUUGAGCCAAUCACAAAACAGUAGGGGUGCUGGGAGUCACCCCACUUGGGGGUCCAACUCAUUUUUCAUAGGGAAAUGUGCACAGAAGUUUCUAUGCACUAAUUUUGAGUGGGUUUCACCUAAAAAAAAAAAA